AUGAGUUGGAGUAAUUGGGAUAUUCCUAAAACUGGUAAAAGACUACAAGAAUGGACAAAUAAAAAUAUUUUUACUGAAUCAUUUGAUAUUGGUUAUCAACGACAAUCACAACAAAAAUAUGAUCCAUUUAAUGCGUGGGACCAUGAUACUAAUACAACUACUAUAAAAGAAGAAUCUCCAUUAGGUGAAAAUGGAUAUGGCAGUAUUGAAGUAAAAGAAAAUAAUAAUAGUUAUCAAAAUUCAAAUACUGGAGAUAUUAAUAUGAAUAAUAUUGAAGAAGAAGAGGAAGAAGAGGAUCCUCAUGGAGGUGGGCAACCAAUUACAGCUCUUCAAGCUGCUUGGAAUGUGACAAAUGCUAUACAAGGAAUGUUUAUUGUCGGUUUACCAGUUGCUGUUAAAGUAGGUGGUUGGUGGACAGUUUUUUUUUUAGCUGGAGCUGCAUACAUAUGUUAUGUUACAGGAGUUUUAUUAAUAGAUUGUUUGUAUGAAAAAAAUAUAAAAGUAAGAAAAAGUUAUAAAGAAGUUGCUGAUACAGUUAGACCCGGAUUGGGAAAAUGGGUUUUAGGAGCACAAUUAUUAGAACUGGCCUCAACAUGUAUUUUAUACUUAGUAUUAGCAGGAGAUUUACUUCAGGGUUGUGUACCAAGUGUAGAUAAAUCGGCAUGGAUGAUGAUAGUUUCAGCUACACUUCUUGGUACAGCUUUUAUUGACGAUAUUAGAAAAGUAAGUGAUUUAUCAUUUUUAAAUGGUGUAUCACAUUUAAUUAUUAAUGCUGUUAUGCUAAUUUACUGUCUUUCUGAAUUUUCUACAUGGGAAAUUUCUAAAGUGACAUUUUUUCCUAGAAUACGUUCUAUGCCAACAAUGAUAGGUGUUGUAGUUUUUGGAUACACUUCUCAUAUAUUUUUACCAUCUCUGGAAGGUUCAAUGGUUAAACCAACAGAAUUUAGGUGGAUGUUAAAAUGGUCACAUAUAGCAGCUGCAAUUUUUAAAGUAGUUUUUGGUUUAAUUGGAUUUUUAACUUUUGGAGAAUAUACACAAAAAGAAAUAUCUAACUCACUGCCAAAUCAAACAUUUAAAAUAUUAAUAAAUCUUAUAUUAGUAGUUAAAGCACUCCUUUCGUAUCCAUUACCCUACUAUGCAAUCGUUCAACUUAUUAUGGAACGUUUUUUUAAUAAAAAUAAUAAAUCAGUUUUCCGUUCAUGUUUUGGAGCAGAUGGUAGUCUUCGUGAGUGGGCUCUUUGUCUAAGAAUAAUUCUUAUAUUACUUACUUUGACGGCAUCUUUAAGUGUUCCAUAUUUAAUUGAAGUUAUGGGAUUAAUAGGAAAUAUCACUGGGACAAUGCUUAGUUUUAUAUGGCCAGCCUAUUUUCAUCUUGUUAUCAAACAAAAGGAAGGUACUUUAACAAAGAGUGAAAAAAAAUUUGACAAAUUUGUCAUAUUUUUGGGAGCAUUUUUAAUGAUUAUUGGAAUUCAAUAUUCUUUUCUCGAAUUACUUAAUGAAAUUAAAGCAAACAGAAAAGUUGAUUAUUAA